AUGAUCCGCGACUUCGUACAAUGGACAGCCACACUGGGCGAAACGGGCGAGCUCGAACAAUUGCGCGGUUGCCGCGUAGGCAUCGAAGCCGCCGAAUAUCUGAACCAGCGCAUCCUCAAUCACCCGCGCGCAAAGGAGCCGCUUGUGCCUGCGCUGGGAGGCCUUCCGCUGGCCCUGACACAACACAUUGAGGACGAUCUCGCACAAUUCCGCAGCUUCGACAUCGAACCCGUCUUCGUCUUCAGCGGGCUGGACAUUACAAAACACGAUGAUCCUUUUAGGCAAAAGGAGACCGAGGCAUCGGUAAACAUCAAUGCGUGGACUCUGUACGACAGUCACGAGGCGGAAGCCUCCGUCGCUAAAUUCGGACAGUCAACAUACGUCACGCCCGAGGACCUCUUCCGCGCCCUACAGUCAACCCUGACCGAGCGCAACAUUCGUUGGACAGUCGCGCCAUACAGCGCCUGGGCCCAGUUGGCAUAUCUCGAGAAACACGAAUACGUCCACGCCGUCUACGGCUCGUCAGAUAUCCUCAUCUUCGAAUGCUCCAAAAUCAUAACAUCUUGGGACUUCGAGGCCCGACAUUUCAGCUUCGUCCGCCGAGAGAAAUGCGUAGCCGACCUUUCGAAGUUUGUCAACGCUCCCAACAUCUCAGAUGAUGUCUUUCUCGACACCUGCAUACUCGCCGGCACGCCCUUCCUCCCGACCCACCCGAUCCUCGACGCGCCUAACAGGGCAGACCUGAUCAAGCCGCACAGUGCUAUUAAGACCAUCAUGAACAGCGGUCAGUCUGGAUACUCUGUGGUUGUCAACAACAACGAUGUCCCGCCCGCGGGCAAGGAAUACGUCACGCGAUACCAGAAAGCACGCCUGGCCGUCAAAAAUCACCCAGUCUACACCGAGGAAGGGAAGGUCGAGCCUCGGAACUCUGGCUCGAUGCCUAACGAUGCAGGUCAGUAUUUGGGUCAAAGGCUUCCAGACGAGAUCCUCCACUACAUGUCGAAAGGUCUCAUCAGCCCGCACAUCAUCCAGUGGCGCACUACCUGCGAGGUAUUCGAAGUCCCUCCCAUGGAUGGUGGCCUCUCUCCAGAAUAUAGGGAUCUCGUCAGCUCCAAGCUGAUCCCACUUCGAACACCCGCUGUCAACCUUUUGUCUAGUACCUUACAUAAUUGGUAUCGGCACCAGUCUCUGCACCAGACGCAUUGGUAUUCUCCUGUAGAACCCAAUGGGAAACGCACAUCCACAACCAUCCCUGUCGAGAAGCCAUCAGAAGCCAUAGCUCCUUCGCUCGUUGACACCUGGAACGUGAAGGAAGCUACAUUCAAGGAUGUUGUCGGACAGUACAAGGACUGUGGAACUCUCGGUGCAGCCAUCUUAUCACUGCAAAACUCCGACUUCGUCACCAAAUCGGUCACUAAGAAAGAUCCUAAGAAUCCCCUUUCUUCCACUUCCGAGAUACUGUACAACUCGAUAUGGCGCUUCCUCGCUCUACGGGAGUACAUCGACCCCAAGAGCCAUAAUCUGACACAAUGGGGUAAAAUCCUUGUUUCUAUCAUCGCUGGCCUAAAGGGCAAGCCAGAGCACGAAGAGGCUGCAGUGAUCGCGGUCGAACUGAUACGGCUGGGCCUCUUGAACUCCGACAUCGAUAUGUUUUCUAUGUACAACGGCGCACCAAUGCGUGGUAGCACGAACGACAAGGAGUACAAUAUGCUAGUGUCUCGUGUUGCUGGCUUAGGUACUUUGCACCAUCGUCCGAUCGGUUUCACCGGACCUCUCAGUCAACAUUUGCUCGGCUACAACUCCAUCAUCAACAAAGUCCUCAUUGCGAUGAAGCUUCCAUUCCUUCUGCCCAACAACUGUGCGCUUAGCAUAGCAGCCAAGUCGUACCUCGAUGAGCUUCUCACUGGCGAUGCCGAUCCGACCUCCCCAACGACCAAGUCACGUGUUAUUCAAACCGCAUCAGAACGCUACUUCCCGCAAUCACUUAACCUCGCUGGCGAUCUCAAGUCCGCAUUCUCACUAUGGGACGCCAUAUGUGCCGGUGUCAAGUCCGCGAAUAACUCUACUGUGCCAGACGCGACAAAGCAGGUCUGGGCAGAGGCAGAUAAGUGGCUCGCUGAACGACGGUAG